CGGAUGCUAUAGCAAGAUCCAAGAUCUAUGGAGAAGCACAGGAAAAAGAUAGAAUUUGGAGCAAGGCAACACCCUAAGCUUGAAGGAAUUACUUACAAUUAUGGAACCGCAGGAUUCAGGGAAAAGGCUGACAAACUAGACGCAGUCAUGUAUCGUAUGGGACUGCUAGCUGUGUUACGUUCAAAGAAAACAAAAGUGGAGGUUGGUCUAAUGGUUACUGCAUCUCACAAUCCUGUUGAGGAUAAUGGAGUAAAAUUGGUUGAUCCAAUGGGUCUUAUGUUGACUGAAAAUUGGGAGCCACACGCCACUCACGUAGCAAACUGUAGUGAUUUGGAGCUGGUGGAUACACUUCAGAGAGUUGCUGCUGAAGAACAAAUUGAUGCUAAGCAGAAAGUGAAUGUUAUUAUCAUUGGCUAUGACACCAGGCCAUCUUCAAAGAGAUUUGCUUCAUCAAUACAAGAUGGUGUUGAAGCAUUUGAUGAACAAGUGUUUCAAGCUGGUUGUGUGACAACACCACAGUUACAUUACUUAGUGCGAGGUUUGAACACUCAAGGAGUCUACGGUGAUGCUACUGAGGAGGGCUAUUAUAUGAAGUUGGGAUUGGCAUUCUGGAAACUGAAUGGAAGUCAGGGUAUUCAGACUCCUGUCUAUGUUGAUGGCGCCAAUGGAGUUGGUGCUGAAAAGGUUCCAAAGCUACUAAAAUACAUCAAUGAAGGAAAAUGCAGUCGUGCCCAUUUUGACAAGAAGUCACAUCUGCAGGCAUUUGUGUCUAAUGAUGGAUCACAAGGAAUAUUGAAUGACAGAUGUGGUGCUGACUAUGUAAAGAUUAAACAAAAACCUCCAGUGGGAAUGGAUGUGAUCCAUGGAAAGCGUUAUUGUACCUUUGAUGGUGAUGCUGAUCGAAUUAUGUACUUUUAUGUUGAGAAAGAUGGGGCAUUUAAACUUCUUGAUGGUGACAAGAUUUGCAUUUUGCUUGCUGAAUUCUUCUUUGAGCACUGGCAACAUUUAGAAUUGCCUCGUGCAACCUUUGGAGUGGUACAGACUGCAUAUGCAAAUGGGAGUUCAACUAAAUAUCUCAAUGAAAAGGGAAUUCGUGUUGUUCUGGCACCCACUGGAGUGAAACACAUUACUAAGAAAGCAGAAGAAUUUGAUGUGGGAGUUGCCUAUGAAGCUAACGGCCAUGGAAAUCUAAUUGUCAAAGAAAAGACAUGGAACUCUAUCAUUGCUUGCAGUCGCAAACGCCUGAGGCCUACAGAUAGACAGAAAGCACGAUCUGCAGAGGUGCUUGAGAAUCUUAUUAAUCUUGUCAACCAGUGUGUUGGUGAUGCAUUAUCAAACAUGCUUGUUGUGGAAACAAUACUCAAUUUGAGAAAGUUGACAAUUGAAGAAUGGGCAAAGUGUUAUGACGAUCUCCCAAACAGGCAACUGAAAGUGAAGGUAAGAGAUCGUUCUGUGAUAAAAACAACAUGGGAUGAGACAAAGGUAAUAGAACCUGCUGCUCUUCAACGUGCCAUCGACGUAUUAGUAGGGGUAAUUCCUUGUGCAAGAUCAUUUGUCAGACCUUCUGGCACAGAGGAUUGUGUGCGAGUUUACAGUGAAGCUGAAACACAGGAGUUGGCUGACACACUGGCAUAUGGAGUUGCAGUAGUCGGUAAACAACGGACAAAGCUUUGAGCCUACCUCUCCUGGUCAACAAGCUGUUCAUACUAUAUAGACAAAGUCAUACCAACUAAGUGAAGUUGUCAAAAUGGUACUGUAUUGCUACGCAAGACUACCAUAUCAUAGUUUGCAUAACAUGAGAAAAGGACUAUGUAUUGGAGUUGCCAUUCCUACUCUGUUGUUAGUUUUUAAAAUUUGCUGAAGCUCUCUGUGAUCAUGACAAGAUGGAAACCUUAU